GUUGAAAUUCAAUUAUUUUUUGUAGUCGGAUUUGAAAAUUGGGCGUCUUAAUUUUGGACCCAAAUUGUACAGCACAACAAUUCAUCAGGUAGAUCUAGAUUUUAGAUCUCCUCUCCCCUCCUCUCUUCUCCCAAUUGAGCAAACAAUCUCUCUCUCCUUUCCUUUUCCUCAAUUCUAUCCUAAACCCUAUUUACAAUUCUGUCCUACUUUGUCUUCUCUUACCGUUCCUCUGGCAAUCCAAUCCUCAGUUUCGGGUUUGGAGAUCGGGCAUGCCCCUUUUUAUAAAUAGGAUUUAAUUCAUAUUAUUAUUAUUACUAUUAUUUUGUAAAAAAAAAAACAACGAAAGAAAAUAGAGGACGAAGAUGAUGAUGCCGCCGGUAAAAACAUCGUAUAGGGAUCGGACACAAGAGUUUUUGAGUGUAGCAGAGAGGUUAAAGAAAUCGUUCUCAUCGGCGAACAAUGUGGCAUCUUCCAGCAGUGGUAGCAGCACCAAGGCCGAUGCCACGCGAUCUGCUGUGGCGAUUCAAUCUGAAUUUAAUAAAAGAGCAUCCAAGAUUGGGCUUGGGAUCCACCAGACAUCGCAAAAGCUGGCAAAGCUCGCAAAACUUGCAAAAAGAACAUCAGUGUUUGAUGAUCCAACUCUGGAGAUCCAAGAGUUGACAGCCGUAAUAAAACAAGAUAUUACUGUGCUUAAUUCAGCUGUAGUAGACCUCCAACUCCUUUGCAGCUCCCAGAAUGGAAGUGGAAACAUCUCAAGUGAUACUACAACUCAUUCCACCACAGUUGUGGAUAACCUAAAGAAUCGCUUGAUGACUGCUACAAAGGAGUUUAAAGAAGUCCUCACAAUGCGGACAGAGAAUCUAAAGGUUCAUGAGAAUCGAAGGCAGUUGUUUUCUUCCACUGCUUCAAAAGACACCUCAAAUCCCUUUGUUCGCCAGCGUCCACUUGCUUCCAGGACAGCUGCUAAUGCAUCACAGGCUCCUCCCCCCCCAUGGGCCAAUGGUUCUGUAUCCUCACCCCAGUUAUUUACCAGCAAGCAAACAGAUGUAGAGUCCCAGCCACUUUUGCAGCAGCAGCAGCAGCAGCAAAUGGUUCCACUACAAGACAGUUACAUGCAGAGCAGAGCUGAAGCACUUCAUAAUGUGGAGUCAACAAUCCAUGAGCUGAGCAACAUCUUUACUCAACUAGCUACUAUGGUUUCACAGCAAGGAGAACUUGCAAUAAGGAUUGACGAGAACAUGGAUGAGACACUGUCAAAUGUAGAAGGUGCGCAGGGCCAGCUAGUCAGGUAUCUUAACAGUAUUUCAUCCAACCGAUGGCUGAUGAUGAAAAUAUUCCUUGUACUUAUUGUAUUCCUCAUGUUUUUUGUAUUUUUUGUGGCGUAAGAGUUUACAAGAAAAAUGCACUUGAAACGUAUAUUUCCCUUUCAUUUUCCUGCUCACGGUGCGUUAUCUGUAUUCUUGCCCUUGAAAUUACGAAUGCAAAGCAUGUAUGUAUAUUUGUACUAUGAAAUCAGGUCAAGGGGGCCUACCCAUUUUUGACUUUUGACUUCAAACCUUGUUAAUUUAUUCCAAAAAUCCUUCUGUUUAA